AAGUUGGGUAGUGCGGGCACACUUCCUAGUCCAUUCGCAAUUUCUAGUUGUGGAAGUAAGUUACUCAAAUAUCGAAAAUUCUUCACAUAUAUGAACAAGUCGUCCAGUGGAGCAAACUUGAGCAUUGCUGACAAACUGCUCAAUAACAAAAAUGGAUUGGAUUUUGAGUUAUUCGUAAAUAAAAUGAAUAUGACACAAGAAGAGGCGCGAGAGUUGUUGGCCAAGUUACGAGCCAAGCCUGAAAACAAGUCUUGUUUCGAUUGCAACGCGAGAAACCCCACCUGGGCUUCAGCUUCCUUUGGAGUGUUUAUCUGUUUGGAUUGUGCUGGGCUUCACAGGAAACUUGGAACUCAUGUUACCUUUGUAAGGUCCACUAUUAUGGAUACUUGGACUCCACAUCACUUGCGUCUUAUGGUGCUGGGUGGGAACGCUAAAGCCCGAGAGUUUUAUUCUCAAAAUGGAUGGAGUUUGGAGAGUGGAAGAGGUAUAGAAGAAAAGUAUACCGGCCGUAUUGGACAACAGUACAAAGCAUAUCUCCAAAAGCAAGCAGUGAUAUCUGAAGAAAGAGGCGAAGUCCGUUUGGGUGAAGAACUGGAGCAACUAGAACCUGCAAGUAGUAUUGUUGUUGAAGAAAGUAACGUGAAUGUAGAAGAUUCGACAAUUUCUGAGUUACCUAACCCUUUGACUACGGAAACCAAUUUCUUAGAAAGUAGUUGGGACGGCUUUUCAGACGACCACUCUCUUCAAGAACAAACUGCGGAGUCCCUAUUAGAUACCGGUGUAACUAGUGUACCUGUCUCUUCCUCUACAGAACCUUUCAACUCGCAGUCAAAGUUACAAACGAAUACAAAUAACUUUAGAACCAUCAAACUGAAAAGUAGUAUGGGUAGUAGACGAGGUUUAGGAGCAAAACGAAUGUCAAGGGAGAUGUCUCCCAAAGUUGCAACGGUGGAUAUAUCCAAAGUUGGAACGAUUAAGGAAAAGCCAGUUAUACAUGUUACGGAACAGCAUGCAAGCUUGGAAAGAGAUUCUUCAAGUCCUGCAUUGUUUACUUUUCAUGACCAGAAUUCUAGAGAGGAAACCAAAAUCAAACCUCAGGAUCGAUUUGCAAAUGCUCGUUCUAUUUCGUCUGCGGAUUACUUUUCUUCAACAACUUCCAACUAUAGUCAUUCUGAAAGUCAACCUACAGAUGCAUCAUUUCGCUUUGCUGGUGCUCGUUCAAUUUCAUCAUCUGAGUACUUUGGAGAAGAUGUACCUGUUACCAGAAGAUCUUCUGAUAGAAAUGAAACAUCGGAAGAGUUGAGGGAACUUGCUUCACAAUUUGUAAAAAAGGCAUCUUUGGAAGCUUCAGAAAUGAAAGCAAUUGCUGGAAAAGCGUUUAAACAGGUUUCAAGUUAUUUGGAUGAGUUUCUUAGUAAAGGUUAUCAAUAAUCCGAGUAGUAUCUUUGCAAUUGUUU